AUGGCCGUCCAAGCGUAUCUGUUGGAGCACCGCGUCCAUAACAUUUCGUGGCGCACCGCCCUCAAUGACCAUUCUUCCACGCGCCCGAAGGUGCACGGAGGGCCCGUGGUCAGCUCCGUCAAGAACUGCAAGGAAUUCGCUGCGCCAGGCCUUGCCAGUGCAGAAUGGCGGUGCACCCUGACUUUGCCGAACAGCUUUGCAGCGGGAGAUGGCCGUCGGGUUGAGGUUACAGGGAAAGGCGCAAGCAAAAACGAAGCGUCGGAGAUCGCUUGCCUUCGAGCCGUCGCUUCGCUCAUCAGCGAGUCUCCGAAGGAUUUUCUGCUCCGACCUGGGCACUGGAAGGUGUCGCCGGACCAGCUGGUGGCCAAUUUGCCCGGCGCCGACGCGGGGCACCAGGCUUUGCCAGCGCGCGCCCCUUCGCGCCUCCGGGGUGCCGGCGAGGAGGCUGGCACGCUUGACGCUGGCGCGCGCAUGGUUGCACUUUUGCAACAAUGCCUGGACGCGCAUGGCGGUGAGUUCGAUCCAUCUCAGAUUUCACGCAACAAGAUGGGGUUCAAACCGGAGGACGAGCGCGUGUACCACAAGUUCAACAGGCUCUUGGUUCCUGGGGGGCUCAAAACUUUCAUCGAGAGCCACCCCGAUUUCACGUGGAGGCCCAAGGGCAAGACGGGAACGGUCAUCGCAUGGGCACAGGGGGCACGGCAGCUCGCGUUGGACAACGUGCCGCCAGAGGACGACGCGCGAGCACCAGGCUUUGCCAGUGCAUCGGCCAAGGAACAGGAGGAGUGGCGCUGGACGCCUAAGGAACAGGACGAGUGGUGGAGCUGGACGCCCAAGGAAAAGGAGGACUGGUGGAGCUCGCAGAAUGCUAGCGCCACGGCCGCCGCCGUCGGCUCCAGUUUCGAGGUCGCGACACCAGGCUUUGCCAGUGCAUCGGCCGCCGCCGUCGCCUCGGGCGCAUCCGCCACGCAUUCAACCGGGGAGUGGCUCAAGGCCAACAACCCGUACUAUGCGAACGUGGAGUGGCGGAGCUGGCAGAAUGCCCGCGCGUCGGCCGCCACCGUUGGCACGGCGGCAGGGGCGCCCCCCCCGCACGAGGACUUCAUGAAGAUGCUCUCCGACGGAAGGCAGCUGCGGAGGCCAUUAGAGGGAAAUCCAUGGGACGAGUUGUCUUGA